AUGCAUGGCCUAUCAGUAAUCAAACAAUCAUUCCGAAAGUCGUGGAGGAGAUCGAGGGACAUAAGUACUACUACUACAGGCAUAGUCCGGUCGGCCAUACUUCCACGUCUCCCGGUGGAGAUAUGGUUGAUGAUUAUCGAUGAACUGGGGGCAGAAGGCGAAUACGAUGCGUUGAUAGCAUGCGCGAGGGCUAGCCAAGGGUUAUUGUGGGAAGUGGAGAAGACAGCGAAGAGGUAUGUUCCACACACAGUGACAUUUAGGACGCCGGCGGAGGUUGCGAAUAUCAAUCUGGCGCCACGCUGGAGGGGUCCAUUCACAGUGCACAUCGUAGGAGGAAUACAGCGUGGUAGGCGGCUUCCGAUUCCACAUCUCACGACAUUCGCGUCGAGGCUUGCGGCAAAGUGGACUAGCCUAAGCAAGUUAGAGAUCGAAAGCGCGGAGUGGGGCCUUGAUCUCCAUUCUAGUUUGCACAAUUUCUCCAACUUCACUAUGACCUGCCUCCACCUGUGCGACGUUGCGUUCCCUACGGUCGUGACGUUUUGGCACCUCGCCUGCGCCCUUCCACACCUCACGUGGCUUCAGCUCUGUGGCGUCGAGAUUAUCGAGACCUCUAUCGACGCGCAGACACUCUCGGCUUUAUGCCUCCUACCCGCUUCAAAGCUAUGGCGUAUAGACCUGCUACCACCGCCCACGAAGCCGGUCGCUGGGCGACCUCAAUCGCUCGCAAGGCAUUCUGCCCAGCUGCUAGCGCAAAGCAUGCCACUUCUCAAGACCCCGCCAUGGAGAAAUGUUCGGAAUCUAAUCCUAUGGGAUGUCACGCUUUCGACGCCGGCUGCCUUUGCACGCUUGCUUGGCGCUCUUCCUGCCCUCGAGACCCUCGCCAUUAAUGGAUCAUGCUCGUUCCCGGAACAUGGCUUCAAUCCUAGCGAUGUACCUCUGCGCCCGGACAUGCUAUCGAAAUUGACAACCGUUGAGUUGGGCAAGAGCUUCUCCCUAUUCUCUGACCCUCAGUCUGUUUGUGACCUCGUUGACCUCCUCAUUCAUUCUGGUGCCAGUCACCACCUGGAAGCGAUCAUGGUCUGGCUGUCUCAAUCCUUGCGCGUAACGACAAGCGUAGAUGCCGCUCUCAAUCGACUCGUCAUGCAUACAGGCCAAUCUCUGAAGAAGCUUAUCCUCCGAGUACUCCCGCGAGAGAGCUUAUGGAUGUACAUUGGAGCGUCGACGCAUGCAGGUCUCAAUACAGCGAAUACACAUCUCGAGCGCCUUGUCUAUUCAGUCGGAAUCACACGCGGUGACGGUUCGACAAUUGCUCCUGUCGCGGAGCUUCUUCACCAGGUCGCGUCCGCCCACAUAUCUCAUAUCAGUUUGAUCUUCUGUGUCACGGAUGAAGCAGACCUUGCAAAGUUGUGGACUCGCCUUCCACAGCUCGAUGCAGCCCUCUCCCAAACAAUCUUUUACAACCUUCGCCUAUUCUGGAUAGGAUUUCGUCGUGUAAACGAAUUCAUAGAGAGUCCGAUACCUAUGACCAGACUGUGCCUACCAAACCUAGAUACACGGGGUAUUCUGCAAGUGGAACAAGUGUCAGGCACAAUUCAUACUGAGAUUAGCUGGCGAAACGGUCAAUGA